AUGCUUAAGAACAACAGAAAAAAAUACAUCAAAAUGAAGCUUUUGAGAAUGGUGAUCAAUAAUUUCACCCAUUUGUCCCUUGUAAAUUCAUCCACCUUUCAAGACCUUCCACUCUCCUUUACCUACUUCUUAGUUGGAACAAUUUUACUCGCUGCAGUUUCCUACUUUGCUCUGAAAUCGAAUUGUGUCUUUCUUAUAGACUUCACCUGUUAUCUUCCAGCAGAUUACUUGCGAUCCCCGACCUCGCACUUCACAGAACAUACAGAGUUAAGUGGUGUGUUCAGCAGAGAGAGCCUUGAUUUCCAAAAGAGAGUUAUAGAAAGAUCAGGCAUUGGAGAUGAAGCUUGCUUUCCACUCACAAUGCAUGAGAUACCAGUAGAUACGUCUUUUAACUCGGCUCGAAAGGAAGUAGAAGAAGUCCUUUUCACAGUUGUGGAGGAUCUUUUUUCCAAGAACAGCAUUAAUCCUAAAAGCAUCGAUAUUCUGAUAUCGAACUGCAGCCUAUUCUGUCCUACUCCAUCAAUUACAGGAAUGAUCAUAAAUAAGUUUGGACUUAGGAGCAACAUAAAGAGCAUCAGCCUAAGUGGAAUGGGAUGCAGUGCUGGAAUCUUGUCCAUAGGUCUGGCUAAAGAACUUCUUAAAGUUCACAAGAACUCAUUGGCUUUAGUUCUGAGCAUGGAAGCUGUAACUCCCAGUGGUUACAGAGGUCAUACCAAAUCCAUGCUUAUUGCCAACACUAUAUUUCGCAUGGGUGGAGUUGCUGUUUUGCUAUCAAACAAGAAGCAAGACAAGUGGACAGCAAGGUACAAGCUUCAGCAUCUAGUCAGAACCCACAUGGGAGCUGAUGACCAAGCAUACCAUUCUGUUUUCCAACAAGUGGAUGAGAAUGGUAAAGUAGGAGUCUCCCUAUCAAGGGCACUUACACAUGCUGCAAGCAAAGCUUUAAGAACUAAUAUAUCCGAGCUGGGGCCUCUUGUGUUGCCAUACACUGAGCAGCUCCAAUAUGGAUGGUCACUGAUCCGUCAAAAGCUUUCAGUUGCAGCAAGAGAAAAUGAAAUACAUGUGCCAAAAUUCAAGAAAGCUUUUGACCAUUUCUGUAUACAUGCUGGAGGAAGGGCAAUAAUUGAUGCUGUGGAGAGUAAUCUCAAGCUGCAGAAAGAAGAGGGAGAAGCUUCAAGGAUGACCUUAUAUAGAUUUGGGAACACUUCAUCUUCUUCAGUUUGGUAUGAACUAUGCUACCUAGAAGCAAAGGGAAAGGUGAAGAAAGGAGACCGAAUUUGGCAAAUUGCAUUGGGAAGUGGCUUCAAAUGUAAUAGUGCAGUUUGGAAAUCCAUUUCUGAUGUCCAUCCAAAAGUAAGAAAUGCUUGGUCAGACAGAAUUCAUCUGUAUCCUGUAGAGACGUCCAUUGUCUCAUGACAAUGGACUAUCAAUUUCAUCCUAGAAUGAUAUGCUAUGGAAGUAGCAUUCUAGAGCUCACAUAUUUAAUUAGGCUAAGUACUCUCAUUUACUGCAGAUGUGCUUUAGUUAUUUCUACAUCAGUAAUAAAUUUGAAAGGUAAUCUGUGGAUGAAAAAUGAACCCAUUGCUACUUGAACAGGUCUUGAUCCAACAUACCCAUCUUUAU